AUGAAGCCGGCUGUUCAGAAGGUGAUCAACUAUGGUCUGGGAAAUUUGCGCUUGAUAUUCAAGUACGCUACAGAAAUCGGAUCAGUGCCAGUGACCGGUCUCGAGUCACCUUUCGACGACACCUUUGCAAAGUCUAUAAUGAAGAUCACCUCUGAAAAUGAGAACUUUCCCAAGAAAAACAGCACCGUGAUAAUCUACACGACCCCAGCUGCACAGGGAUAUGUUCAAAUGGCGGCUCUCAGCUCUGUAAUGGGCUAUGAUAAGCUUAUCGGUGCAAAUGUCGCCUACUUUCCAGGAACUAAAUUCUUUUCGGAAUUCCCAAUCAGCAUCGGCAAGAACAUCUGGAACUCAUUCGGUUUUGAUAGAUUCACCGACAUGCACAAAGCUACGGGAUUGCCCAGUGGCACCAUACUCAAGAAUGGUGGAAAGACGGUUAUCAUGGAUGGCAAACUAAAGGAAUCGGUUGCAGAAUUUUGCAAUUCGUCAAAUGGAAAGUUCGGCUCGGUCAACCAACAGAGCAUCACUGGGAUUGGAAAAUUGGAGAAAGGCAAAGAUCUCUAUAUAUUCGCUCACAGUCUAGGGACGGCAUUGUCCAUGCCUUUCCUAUACCAGUCCCUCGCGAGUGGAAACUUCGGCCGUAUUAUUGUGGUAACAGCCGGCGGAUAUUGUUCAACGAAUGACGUUGCGGCAAAGCAACUUCAAGACAUGGGGCUUGAGAUCUACAACUUGCAAACACUGGGAGACCCUAUCACAGAGUGGUCACAUUUCGAAUCUCCAGGAUUUGCUGUGUUACAAGUCCAUCUCCUAUUCUUCCCGUACGUUUCUCUCACCCAGGAAGCCACGGGGAAUGUUUGGUUCGGCAAUCGAAGAGGAUGGGUGCAAAAGUCCAGCGUCGACUCGGCCGUGAAGCGCGAGGGUUAUGCUGACAAGAUCAAUAAUGUCCGGCAAAUUUACUGCACUGAUGUGCCUCAGGGUGAUUACAAGAUCAACGUCCACUAUUACAAAGACAUUUCUGGUAAAGCUCCUCCGAUCCCAUGGGCAGUCGCGUGGUUAGUUCUAUGA